AUGUUCAAGCAGUGUUGCAUCAGUGGGUGUAAUCAAGACGGACGCGAGAAAUUGUCAAAAAUUGAAGGGAAGGUACUUAUCAAGCCCGAGUUCAUCAACAGUUGCCCACGAGAUUGGUUGUUGUGUCAAACACACUUUGUUGAAAACGCAGAGAAACUUGAUUGUUGUAUUGAGCGAUGCAGCAACACGGCUUCGACCAACGAAAUACCACCAGAAAUGUAUGGGAAAGUUAAAGUACGCCCAAAUUGCAGCCACCACCUCAUCUGUCUUAAUCAUUUCAAAAGAUAUUCAACCAACAAAACGCCACGUGGAAAAACACACAAAGCAGUUGUCCCAAAUCUCCCACCUAUCAAGCGCGAACCUCCUCCUCAACCAGAACUCCAACCACCAGAAAAAAUGAAAAUAAAACAAGAGCAACCUCAAAAUUUCGACGACGACUCCGCUACUGCGGAAGAACCACUUCCAGAUGCGAUGGUUUUUGAGAAGAAAAUCGAAGUGACUCAACACAACAAGUGCAACAUGCCGGGUUGUCAAAACGAGGGGACCUCACAACACUUCAUGCAGUCAACGAAUUUAAAAAUUUGUGAUACGCACAAAAGGCAGUUUUUGUUUCGAUUGAGGAAGUCCAUCAUGACAAAACAGGUGUCUUUACCUCCACAAGCUGUUGAAGGUUUUGUGGAACACCCAGACAAUCCACUCUCAAAUUACCCAGUUCUCCUUCACGAUAAUGUGUGUUCGUGUUGUUUCAAUGAGACGCGAUCGCCGUUUAUGUGUAGUUGUUGUCCUUCUGUGUAUUGCAGUGAAUGUUUCAAGUUAGUGAACAACACAUUGAAUGCUGGAGACAAGUGGAUGUGUCUUAAUUGUGUCAACAAAUUCAAUCGGACCAAUUUUUUGACAGAGCAAGUCCGCUUUCUGUUACCAAUAAUUGAAAAAUCGAUGAGUAUUUCUCAAACUCCCGAGUUCAAGUCACAGCUUGAAGAAGAAAAGACACGUCUUGAAACGCGUGUUAAACAAUUGAAAGAACAUAAGAAGCAGUUACAGUCGUUCAGUGUAUGGUUGGUGUAUGUACUUCCACAGAACAUGCAAUUCCAUAUGAACUUUUUGCCUUACAUGUCACUCAUCAAACAACCAAAACCAGUUGGGAGGGUUGAAAAUAUUGCUGUUAUUUCAUUGACUGCUUGUCAGUACAUGGCGUUGCCACAUUUCAGUCCAGUCACGACCGCACAAUUCAACGGGCUCAGUGCCACAAUAUGGAAGAUCAUCUUUUCUAAUGAAGAGAAGAUGAAGCUCAAGACGAUUGAUUCGAAAAUAGGGUUUGAUGUUGUUGCUUUGGCACACACCAAAAAUUACAUUGACAUUUUGGAGGAUGUUGUGAAGAAUCAGCCCGAGUGGUUUCCCAAAGUCCAAUUACUACGAUUAAUGAAGAAAGAUGUUCAAUUUACUUAUUCGAUGCUUCUCAUGAAACUCUCACAGGAAACGACUGAAGCCAUUUGUGAUGCUGUUAAAGUACUGAACCAAAACGAGUUCAUCAGAACAGCAAUGGUCUUUUCAGGUGCGAAUGGAGGUGUUAUAGGAGAGAAUGGGUGUUUAGUUCGUGUCAAAGAAGGUGACAAUUCAAUUGGAAGUGGAUCGACAUUUUAUGGCGUUGGUGAUUUUGACGACUCGGAGAAAAGUGUUGUGCAAAGCGAGACAAACACUUUGGGAUUUCCACUUAACAUUCGACCCAACCAACCACCAAAAGUCUUGUUCCAAAGUUUGUUGAUCAACAACUUAGCAGUGGCAGUCAAGUUUUCGUUGUUGUUAGGUAUCAAAGCAAUCGGAUUACUCCUUUUUGGAAAUGAAGAGAAGGAAGUUGGGACGUUGAGUAUUCUUCGGAAUGAAAUUCAAAAUGGGAGUGUGGUGUUGUAUGGUUGUAGCGAUUUCCGAGAUUUGUCCACGUGGACAAAGACGUUUGAAAAAUUGAAAGAGAAUCCGCCACCACUUUUGUUUCUAUCGUUUCAUACUGAGGUGUACGACAAAUCCGAUGAUAUGUCUGUGCUUGAGGCAAUUGGAAAGGAUGUGAAAACACUCACGAACAAACAGGACGAGAAUGGUCCACAGACUAAGUUGGUGUGUUUGUUCGACUGGGGUUUUGUUCAAGACUGUUGCCCGAAGACUUAUGAGAAAUUUACAACAACGUUCAUUUCGUCUGUUAUCGCAUGA